UGAGCCUAAGAACAGCGUAGAAUCUGAAUGUGGACCCCCCAGUUCUUACAGAUCCAGGAAUGUCAGAUCAGGGUCCCAGCCCCCCAGCCCUCCUUCAGGCUGCUCGAGGUCCCUCCCACCUGCUCGGCCAGCUGCGCAGCGUGGGAACGCCCCAGCUGGGCUGCAUGGAGCCGUCAGGACAAGCUGCGCGGUUCCCAGCCUCCCUGCCUGCCCCGGCCCGGCACCGCCGCCUCCCAGCCGUCGCCCGGCAACCAGGCCGAGGGGCCCGGCCGGCCGAGUGGGGAGAGGGGCUGGGCCGGGACUGCGGGGUCCUGGGAAAGGAGGGGCCGGGGUCCUGGAUUCCUCGGUCUUAGGACGUUUGCAGCAGUAACAAGGGAACAGCCCUCUGUUCCCCACUUUGAGGAGGGGUUUUGAGGCUGGGGGAGUCAAGACAGGGGUCCCAACUGUCCCCCAGGUAUCGGCGUGCCCUAUUCCCGACCCGCAAGCCAGGGGAGCCCCGGACCCCGCCUCCCCCAGGGCGCGGAAACUGGUGAGGCCCCAGGGGCCCCCAUUUAUAGCUCGGUUUCCACUGAGCGCAGUCCCUCCAGGACCUGGGCUGAGCAAGUUUCUUCCACUCUUUCCCUUCCCUCCUCUUCACCCCCAUGCCUGCCCCUCAACCUCGACAGGGCGCAGGUGUCCAACCCAGCCGGGACUCCCUCCUCGAACCCAGGUGUUCCGGCUCCCAGACCCCAAUUGAGCUGGGGGCGCCCACCCGCCGGGGGACCCCGCCCUGCAUCCCCCAUUCAUCUGCGUCCAGCGGCGGGAGUUUCUCAAUGGGAAGAGGGCGGAGCUCCUGGGAGGCGGACCCGGGCGGGGCGAGCUGGAUCGGGCCCUCUAGGGGUCUCCCAGAGACCCAGGGCGCGGAACUGGCAAGCGUUUCAGAGCGUCAGAGGCUGCGGAUGAGCUCACUUGGAGGACUCCAGGCCAGAGACAGGGGUUCUCUAGGCUGGGGAGAAGAGUCGAGCGCGACGGGGGCUCCGGGCCAGAGUGACAGGAGGAGGGCUUCCGAGGAAGAAGUUGACCGGGAGGCCCGUGCGACGGCAGAUCUCGUGAACCUUGGGGGACACACGCUCAAGAUGCGGGUCCCCGCCCUCCUCGUUCUGCUCUUCUGCUUCAGAGGGAGCGCAGGCCCGUCGCCCCAUUUCCUGCAACAGCCAGAGGACCUGGUGGUGCUGCUGGGGGAGGAAGCCCGGCUGCAGUGUGCUCUGGGCGCCUACUGGGGGCUAGUUCAGUGGACUAAGAGUGGGCUGGCCCUAGGGGGCCAAAGGGACCUGCCAGGGUGGUCCCGGUACUGGAUAUCAGGGAAUGCAGCCAAUGGCCAGCAUGACCUCCACAUUAGGCCCGUGGAGCUAGAGGAUGAAGCAUCAUAUGAAUGUCAGGCUACACAAGCAGGCCUCCGCUCGAGACCAGCCCAACUGCACGUGCUGGUCCCCCCAGAAGCUCCCCAGGUGCUGGGCGGCCCCUCUGUGUCUCUCAUUGCUGGAGUUCCUGUGAACCUGACAUGUCAGAGCCGUGGGGAUGCCCGCCCUACCCCUGAAUUGCUGUGGUUCCGAGAUGGGGUCCGGUUGGAUGGAACCACCUUCCAUCAGACCCUGCUGAAGGAAAGGACCCCUGGAUCAGUGGAGAGCACCUUAACCCUGACCCCUUCCAGCCAUGACGAUGGAGCCACCUUGGUCUGCAGGGCCCGGAGCCAGGCCCUGCCUGCGGGAAGGGACACAGCUAUCACACUGAGCCUGCAGUACUCCCCAGAGGUGACUCUGUCUGCUUCACCACAUACUGUGCAGGAGGGAGAGAAGGUCACUUUCCUGUGCCAGGCCACAGCCCAGCCUCCUGUCACAGGCUACAGGUGGGCAAAAGGGGGCUCCCCGGUGCUCGGGGCCCGCGGGCCAAGGUUGGAGGUCGUGGCAGACGCCUCGUUCCUGACUGAGCCCGUGUCCUGCGAGGUCAGCAACGCCGUGGGUAGCGCCAACCGCAGCACUGCGCUGGAUGUGCUGUUUGGGCCGAUUCUGCAGGCAAAGCCAGAGCCCGUGUCAGUGGACGUGGGGGAAGACGCCUCCUUCAGCUGUGCCUGGCGCGGGAACCCGCUUCCACGGGUAACCUGGACCCGCCGCGGUGGCGCGCAGGUGCUGGGCUCUGGAGCCACACUGCGCCUUCCGUCGGUGGGGCCGGAGGACGCAGGCGAUUAUGUGUGCAGGGCUGAGCCUGGGCUCUCGGACCAGGGGGGUGGCGUCGCGGAGGCUCGGCUGACUGUGAACGCUCCCCCAGUAGUGACCGCCCUGCACUCUGAGCCUGCCUUCCUGAGGGGCCCUGCUCGCCUCCAGUGUCUGGUUUUCGCCUCUCCCGCCCCAGAUGCCGUGGUCUGGUCUUGGGAUGAGGGCUUUCUGGAGGCGGGGUCGCGGGGCCGGUUCCUGGUGGAGACAUUCCCUGCCCCGGAGGGCCGCGGGGGACAGGGUCCGGGCCUGAUCUCUGUGCUACACAUUUCGAGGACUCAGGAAUCUGACUUUAGCAGGAACUUUAACUGCAGUGCCCGGAACCGGCUGGGCGAGGGAGGUGCCCGGGCCAGCCUGGGCCGUAGAGACCUGCUGCCCACUGUGCGGAUAGUGGCCGGAGUGGCCGCUGCCACCACGACUCUCCUUAUGGUCAUCACUGGGGUGGCCCUCUGCUGCUGGCGCCACGGCAAGGCCUCAGCCUCUUUCUCCGAGCAAAAUAACCUGAUGCGAAUCCCCGGCAGCAGCGACGGCUGCAGUUUGCGAGGCCCUGAAGAGGAGGAGACAGGCCGCUGCAAGGACCGGGUAGGAUGCCAGGGUCUCCAGACCCGACUGUGCCUUUAGACCCAAAUAGUAGCCCAGUCCCAAGAGGGCCCCCACAUUCAAACAGGACUCUAAGGCCAGGCAUGGUGCCUGACGUUGGUAAUACCACUUUGGGAGGUGGAGA